AUGGCUACGAAGUGGUUGCCUGUGGAUUUGGAGUUGAAGGAAGUGCUCAAGAAGCUGCCGCUGCUGGAAGUCGGCGAGGCCCAGCGGGAAGGAGCAUUUCGCGAAGCACAGCUGAUGCGCAAGAUCUCCCGGAAUUGUCCAUUCAUCACACAGUUCCACGAGGUGCUGCUGUGCAGAGGCGGCACCGUUCUUUGCCUCAUCAUGGAGUACUGCUCUGGAGGCGACCUGCGGGGUGAGAUCCUCCGCCGGCGCGACGAGGCCGAGGGCAGGAAGUUUGCUGAAGACCAGCUACUUCGGUGGGCUGCGCAGAUAGCUCUUGCCCUACAGCACUGCCACUCCCGAGGCAUCCUGCAUCGGGACGUCAAGCCAGGGAACUGCUUCUUCCGGUGCCCAGGUGGAGCCCUCCUCCUUGGGGAUUUCGGCAUCUCCUGCGACCUAGACGAGCAUCACCUGGCAAAGACCUGCUGCGGCUCGCCGUUGUACCUGAGCCCCGAGAUCGUGAACCAGCAGCCGUACGCUUACGCAUCCGACGUCUGGAGCUUCGGCAUAACGCUGUACGAGAUGGCCAUGCUGGUUCCGCCCUUCAAGGGUAGCAACAUCUGCCAGGUCGCCUUCCGGAUCGUCGGCACCGAGCCUCCGCCACUGGAGCCUGGCUUCUCCAGCGCCUUGGCCAUGCUGAUCCAUCGACUGCUGGUCAAGGAGGCUUCCAACAGAGCCACGCUGGACGAGGCGCUGCAUUCUGCGCCCCUGGCGGCUGUGGCGGCCGCUGUGGCGGCGGAGCACGGAUUGCGGCUGGAGCCGCUUGCGGGCGACUCUUCCGGCGGCCUAGUAGAGCGACUACGGCGGACGAUGCCCUCACAUUGCCAGGAGGAGUAUGCCGACGACUUCGACGAGGAAGAUGAGAGCGACUAUGGCGACGACUUCGAGGAUGCCAGCGGAAGCGACAUCUCUUACGCGCCAGACUUCGAAACUGCCAGUGACAGCGACGAUGGUGCUGCUCGUGGGCCAGAGUUGUCAGAGGAAGACCUUCGGCUGCAGGUCGCUGCUGAGCUAGGAGAGGAGGCCAUGGCCAUCGCGGAAAGCCUUGGCGUAGUAAGCUUCCUCGAGAGUCUGCAGCGGCAUCGGCGGUGA